CAAGUGCCGCCGCUGCCGGCCGCCCCUGCCCACUAGCCGGGGACCAACAGCGCCACAGCGAGCGAGCGAGGAGGGGGAGAGAGGGAGUCUGUCUGCAAAGUGCUGCUCCCUGGUGCUCAGAGGCGGCUGCUCCAGCUCCAACUCUCAUUCAUUUUGCCGGUUAACAUGAGAGAUCAUGGCCGCCUUCGGGCUUCUCAGCUAUGAGCAGAGACCGCUGAAACGCCCCCGGCUCGGGCCGCCCGACGUCUACCCGCAGGACCCCAAGCAGAAGGAGGAUGAACUUACUGCUGUUAAUGUAAAGCAAGGCUUCAAUAAUCAGCCAGCCUUUACUGGGGAUGAACAUGGCUCUGCUAGAAAUAUUGUAAUUAACCCAUCAAAGAUUGGAGCUUAUUUUAGCAGCAUAUUAGCUGAGAAACUAAAGCUUAACACUUUCCAGGACACCGGAAAGAAGAAACCACAAGUUAAUGCUAAAGAUAAUUAUUGGCUGGUUACUGCUCGAUCCCAGAGUGCGAUUCAUAGUUGGUUCUCUGACUUAGCGGGAAAUAAACCACUUGCUAUUUUGGCAAAAAAGGAGCUGCCUCUGGCCAAGUCAGGUGUCCCUCAGGUUCCCAUCCUUAGUAAAAAAGAAGAUGUUUUUGCAUAUUUAGCUAAGUAUUCAGUGCCAAUGGUUCGAGCAACGUGGCUGAUCAAGAUGACUUGUGCCUAUUAUUCUGCUAUUUCUGAAGCGAAAAUUAAGAAACGUCAGGCUACUGAUCCCAAUUUGGAGUGGACACAAAUAUCUACCAGGUAUCUUCGAGAGCAGUUGGCCAAGAUUUCCGACUUUUACCACUUGGCUUCCAGUGCGGGAGAUGGCCCGGUCCCCGUGCCACCUGAUGUGGAGCAGGCAAUGAGGCAGUGGGAGUACAAUGAAAAGCUGGCAUUCCACAUGUUCCAGGAAGGAAUGCUAGAAAAACACGAAUAUUUGACAUGGAUCCUGGAUGUGUUAGAAAAGAUCAGACCAAUGGACGAUGAUCUUCUGAAACUCUUACUGCCACUGAUGCUGCAGUAUUCAGAUGAGUUUGUGCAGUCGGCCUACCUGUCCCGUCGUCUCGCCUACUUCUGUGCCCGGCGUCUUGCGUUGCUGCUGAGCGAUAGCCCCAGCCUCGCUGCCGCCCACUCGCCCCACGUGCUGCCGGGACCACACGGCGCGAGCAUCGGGGCCCCCAGCCCUGGCCCCCCCGGCCCCGGCAUGAGCCCCGUGCAGCUGGCCUUCUCUGACUUUCUCUCCUGUGCGCAGCAUGGCCCCCUGGUUUAUGGACUUAGCUGUAUGUUGCAGACUGUUACUCUCUGUUGCCCAAGUGCCUUGGUGUGGAAUUACUCCACAAACGACAGUAAGAGCGCAAACCCCGGCUCGCCCCUGGACCUGCUGCAGGUGGCCCCCUCCAGCCUCCCCAUGCCGGGUGGGAACACGGCUUUCAACCAGCAGGUUCGGGCAAGGAUUUAUGAGGUAGAACAGCAGAUAAAACAAAGAGGCCGUGCAGUGGAAGUUCGGUGGUCUUUUGACAAGUGCCAAGAGUCAACAGCAGGAGUGACCAUUAGUCGGGUUUUGCACACGUUGGAGGUGUUGGAUCGACACUGUUUUGACCGAACUGAUUCCAGCAAUUCAAUGGAGACACUUUAUCAUAAGAUUUUCUGGGCAAACCAAAACAAAGAUAACCAAGAGGUUGCCCCCAACGAUGAAGCUGUGGUGACACUUUUGUGCGAAUGGGCUGUGAGCUGUAAACGGUCAGGCAAGCACAGGGCGAUGGCUGUGGCAAAACUCUUGGAGAAGAGACAAGCGGAAAUCGAGGCAGAGAGAUGUGGUGAAUCAGAGGUCUUAGAUGAGAAGGAGUCCAUUUCUUCAGCCUCUCUUGCUGGAUCUAGUUUGCCUGUUUUCCAGAAUGUUCUGCUAAGGUUUUUAGAUACACAGGCCCCCUCAUUGUCGGAUCCAAACAGUGAAUGUGAAAAGGUAGAAUUUGUGAACCUGGUGCUGCUCUUCUGUGAGUUCAUCCGGCAUGACGUCUUCUCCCAUGAUGCCUACAUGUGCACCCUCAUCUCUCGAGGAGACCUGUCCGUCACUGCCUCCACUCGGCCCCGGUCCCCAGCAGGAGAAAAUGUAGAUGAGCACUACCCAAAGGACCAUGAUGUGAAAAUGGAGAUUUUUUCUCCCAUGCCUGGAGAGACCUGUGAGAAUGCCAAUCCUUCCUUGGGCAGAAGAAUGUCAGUUCAUGGUGAAAAGCUGCUGAAGAGAGAAAAACCGAGGGAGUUAAUUUUUCCAUCUAAUUAUGACCUCCUACGACACCUGCAGUAUGCAACCCAUUUUCCCAUACCUCUGGAUGAAUCUUCAAGUCAUGAAUGUAACCAGCGCACAAUCCUUCUUUAUGGAGUGGGCAAAGAGCGUGAUGAAGCCAGGCAUCAGCUGAAGAAGAUUACCAAAGAUAUUUUGAAAAUCCUAAAUAAGAAGAGCACCACAGAGACAGGGGUUGGAGAUGAAGGACAGAAAGCCAGGAAGAGCAAACAGGAAGCAUUUCCAACACUGGAGACUGUGUUCACAAAACUUCAGCUCCUUUCAUAUUUUGAUCAACAUCAAGUUACAUCUCAGAUCUCUAACAAUGUACUGGAACAAAUCACAAGCUUUGCAUCAGGAACUUCAUACCACCUCCCAUUGGCGCAUCAUAUUCAGCUCAUCUUUGAUCUCAUGGAGCCAGCACUGAAUAUCAAUGGACUCAUUGACUUCGCAAUACAGCUCCUGAAUGAACUGAGUGUGGUGGAAGCUGAACUGCUCCUGAAAUCCUCCAGCCUGGCAGGAAGUUACACGACAGGACUGUGUGUCUGCAUCGUGGCUGUUCUCAGGCGAUACCACAGUUGUCUGAUCCUGAAUCCCGAUCAGACAGCCCAGGUGUUUGAAGGAUUGUGUGGUGUGGUAAAGCAUGUCGUGAAUCCCUCAGAAUGUUCUUCCCCUGAGAGGUGCAUCUUAGCCUACCUCUAUGACCUCUAUGUGUCAUGUAGCCACCUCAGAAGUAAAUUUGGAGACCUCUUCAGUAGUGCCUGUUCAAAAGUAAAGCAAACCAUAUAUAAUAACGUGAUUCCUGCAAAUUCUAACUUGCGAUGGGAUCCAGACUUCAUGAUGGAUUUUAUUGAGAAUCCCUCAGCCCGUAGCAUCAACUACUCCAUGCUAGGCAAGAUCCUUAGUGACAACGCGGCCAAUCGCUACAGCUUCGUCUGCAACACACUCAUGAAUGUAUGUAUGGGCCACCAGGAUGCUGGAAGGAUUAACGACAUAGCCAAUUUCUCCUCUGAGCUGACGGCCUGCUGCACUGUUCUCAGUUCAGAAUGGCUGGGAGUGCUGAAGGCUCUUUGUUGUUCUUCAAAUCAUGUGUGGGGGUUUAAUGAUGUACUUUGCACUGUAGAUGUGAGUGACCUUUCAUUCCAUGAUUCAUUAGCUACUUUCAUUGCUAUUCUGAUAGCACGACAGUGUUUCUCCCUGGAGGACGUCGUGCAGCACGUCGCACUUCCCUCUCUCCUAGCCGCAGCUUGUGGGGAUGCGGAUGCAGAACCUGGGGCAAGGAUGACAUGCCGACUCCUGCUUCAUCUCUUCCGAGCUCCGCAGGCCUGCCUAUUACCUCAAGCAACCGGCAAACCUUUCCCCGGAAUAAGGUCGUCCUGUGAUAGACACCUCUUAGCCGCUGCUCACAACAGCAUUGAAGUUGGAGCCGUGUUUGCUGUCUUAAAAGCAAUUAUGAUGCUUGGAGAUGCCAAAAUUGGCAAUAACAGUGUCAGCUCUUUAAAGAAUGAUGACUUCACCAUGAGGGGUUUACGACGUGAUGGGAAUGCUGAUGAUAUCUGGACUGCCUCACAAAAUUCAAAAUCCUGUGGGAAAAGCAUUUCCAUAGAAACUGCCAAUUUAAGAGAAUAUGCUAGAUAUGUACUGAGGACUAUCUGUCAACAGGAAUGGGUAGGAGAACAUUGCUUAAAAGAACCUGAAAGAUUAUGCACAGACAAAGAACUUAUUUUGGACCCUGUACUCUCAAAUAUGCAAGCACAGAAAUUAUUGCAGCUGAUCUGUUAUCCUCAUGGCAUUAAAGAAUGUACGGAGGGGGACAACCUACAAAGACAGCACAUUAAACGCAUUCUUCAGAAUCUUGAGCAGUGGACAUUGAGGCAGUCCUGGCUGGAACUUCAGUUAAUGAUCAAGCAGUGCCUGAAGGAUCCUGGCUCUGGUUCAGUGGCUGAAAUGAACAACCUGCUGGACAAUAUUGCCAAGGCAACAAUAGAGGUAUUCCAGCAGUCGGCUGACCUGAACAAUAACUCUUCCAAUUCAGGAAUGGGCCUCUUCAACCCAAACGGGAUUGGAAGUACCGAUACGAAUAGCACAAGACAGAAUGGAAUAAAGACAUUUCUAAGUUCCUCUGAACGCAGGGGUGUGUGGCUGGUGGCCCCCCUAAUUGCCAGGCUGCCGACUUCUGUGCAGGGAAGAGUGUUGAAGGCUGCUGGGGAGGAGCUGGAGAAGGGACAGCACUUGGGUUCUUCUUCAAAAAAGGAAAGAGACAGACAAAAACAGAAAAGUAUGUCUCUUUUGAGUCAACAACCAUUCCUCUCACUGGUCCUUACCUGCCUUAAGGGACAAGAUGAACAACGAGAAGGCCUCCUAACAUCUCUGCAGAAUCAAGUUAACCAGAUUUUAAGUAACUGGAGAGAAGAACGAUACCAAGAUGACAUAAAAGCACGACAGAUGAUGCACGAGGCAUUGCAGCUCCGCCUAAAUUUGGUGGGAGGAAUGUUUGACACAGUACAGAGGAGCACCCAGUGGACAACAGACUGGGCCCUUCUCCUCCUUCAGAUCAUUACUUCUGGAACUGUCGACAUGCACACUAACAAUGAAUUAUUCACAACAGUUCUUGACAUGCUGGGUGUUUUAAUCAAUGGAACGUUAGCCUCUGACCUAUCAAAUGCAUCCCCAGGGGGAUCUGAAGAGAACAAACGCGCGUACAUGAACUUAGUAAAGAAACUGAAAAAAGAGCUGGGAGACAAGCGGUCAGAAAGUAUUGACAAAGUUAGACAGUUGCUACCUUUGCCAAAACAGACUUGUGAUGUCAUCACUUGUGAACCUAUGGGCUCCUUGAUUGACACAAAGGGAAACAAAAUUGCUGGAUUCGACUCUAUAGAUAAAAAACAGGGUCUCCAGGUCUCCACGAAGCAGAAGGUGUCCCCAUGGGAUUUGUUUGAGGGUCAGAAGAACCCAGCUCCUCUCUCCUGGGCCUGGUUCGGGACUGUCCGAGUGGACCGGAAGGUGAUCAAGUAUGAGGAGCAGCACCACCUCCUCCUGUAUCACACACACCCCAUGCCCAAGCCCCGAAGUUACUACCUCGAGCCGCUGCCCCUGCCUCCCGAGGAGGAAGAUGAAGAGCCCACCUCUCCCAUUUCUCAGGAACCAGAGAGGAAAUCAGCUGAGCUGUCAGAUCAGGGGAAAACCACAGCGGAUGAAGAGAAGAAGACGAAGGGGAGGAAGCGCAAGACGAAAUCCAGCUCGAGAGUUGAUGAGUAUCCACAGAGCAACAUGUACCGAGUGCCUCCCAAUUACUCACCUAUUUCCUCCCAGAUGAUGCACCACCCACCGUCCACCUUGUGGGGCUACAACCUCAUGGGUCAGCCCCAGCAGCCUGGCUUCUUCCUUCAGAACCAAUCUCUCACUCCAGGUGGCUCCAGAUUGGACCCCGCGGGCUCCUUUGUCCCCACCAAUACCAAGCAAGCUCUGUCCAACAUGCUGCAGCGGCGCUCGGGGGCCAUGAUGCAGCCGCCCUCCCUUCACGCCAUCACGUCGCAGCAGCAGUUGAUACAGAUGAAGCUUCUGCAGCAGCAGCAGCAACAGCGGCUUCUCAGGCAAGCCCAGACGCGACCUUUCCAACAGGGCCAGCCGGGGGACCAGGCUGCUGCUCUCUUUGCUGCUCAAGCACGGCCCUCCCCUCAGCUCCCCCAGUAUCCAGGGCUGCAGCAAGCACAGACCAUGCCCCAGGGCUAUACGAUGUAUGGAACCCAGAUGCCUUUGCAGCAGACCCCUCAGCAGCAGGCUGGCAGCGUGGUCCUGUCUCCUACCUAUAAUUCCAGAACCUAUCCAGCUGCGCAUUCCAACCCGGCGCUAAUGGAAAGACUCAGACAGAUGCAGCAGCCACCGAGUGGCUACGUUCAGCAGCAGGCGUCGCCGUACCUGCAACCCCUGACUGGCUCUCAGAGACUGAAUCAUCAGUCGCUUCAGCAGAGCCCUCUGGUGGGUGGAGGAAUGGAUGCAGUGCUGACUUCGGCACAUCCAAACCUUCCCUCGGUGCCCCUGUCUCAGGACCCGAUGAGGCCCAGACAGCCACAGGUUCGACAGCAGCAGAGGCUUCUCCAGAUGCAGCAGCCCCAGCAGCCCCCCCAGCCUCAGCAGUCCUCACAGCCCCAGAAUCAGACCCUUGGUCUCCAAACGAUGCAGCCCCAGCAGCCUUUGUUUGCCAGGCAAGGCUUGCAGCAGACCCAGCAGCAGCAGCAGACGGCCGCCCUGGUGCGGCAGCUCCAGAAGCAGCUUUCUAGUAACCAGCCACAGCAAGGAGUGACUCCGUACGGGCAUCCUUCACACUUCUGAGUCUGGAAGAGGACAAAGACAUGAAGUUUUUUGUUUGCACUGAAAAAUACAAAAUCACAUUUAAUGCAUUAGUCAUCUUUAGAAAUGUCCCUUUGUUCUUUGGUUUCUUUGACAUUUUCCUUUAUUUCACGCUACAUUUCAUACAAAGGUGUUUAAACAAAAAGUAAAGGAAAAGGUGUGGUUUGGUUUGGUUUCAUUCAACUUGAAAGUAGGUUUAAAAUGUAGAUCAUGUGGGCCUACUCCAGGAAGAGUUUGGUAGCAGACCUUUUGAAAUUGGUGCUUUUACUGAACCUCGUAAUUAUAGAAAGAAUGAAUUAUGGUGGAUUUAAAAUAUUUACGUAUUCAUUAAUGAAGUUUUUUUUUUUUUUGGCAAACUGUGCUGGACCAAACUACUGAUUUGAAAAGCAUGUCAGAUCUUGACAGGAAAGUGACCCAUUUAUUCUGCAUUCACCUUUGGUGGUGUAAUGGACAUUUAUUUGCAUUGCUCUAAUUUGAAAUGUUUGUAACUUCAUAAGCACUUUAUGAACUUUGUUCUUAUUUAUGUAGGAUUUUUCUUUGCUUUUGUUGUGGUCAAAAGGUGCUGAAACAGAUUGUUGCUUAGUACUUAAACUUCUUAGACCAAGAACUGAAACCAAGGUUUCUUCUGUGAGAGCCACCCUAAGGUACGUGGAAGCCUGUUAGAAGUAGCUGUACUAAAUUUGUUUUCAGUGGCGAGAUCAUUGACCAGAGUCUUUGUGAAGGUACAACAUGUAAAUUCUAAAGGCCAGAACGAACCACAGUGAAAUUGUUCCAGUUAUUUGCCAGAUUUGGCAAAAAUGACUCUGUCCAGGUUUGGUUCUCUUGAACCUUAUGCCAACUUGAGAAAAAAAAAAUCUCGCAGCUGGCCUGAGAUUCCACAGUGCUCAAACCUGACAUGGUUUCCAGAGAAUCUGGCCCCCAAGUCCAGAGGGCUCUGGUUUUCAUAAGAGAUGUACUUGCUGUUUAUUUUGUAUGGUAAGUAUUUGCUACUUUGAAUUUAAUUAUUAAUGUUGGUGUCUGUCUUGGUUGUGUAUUGCAUAUACUGUAUUUAUAAAUUGGUGCAAAAAGCACAAGUAAAUUAUACAUCAAAUUUAUUAUAAAGAAAUAGUAACUAUUUUAACUUUGUUCAAGUAUGUGGUAAUUUGCUCCUAUUAGAGUAAAGAAUACAGUAAAUUAUUAUCAGUUUGUGUAACUUAAGAGUAUUCCAUAUAAUAUUUUUUUAGAUUUAGAUGCAUAAAAUUUUGAAUGUGAAAAUUGCAGGGCAUUUUAAAACAUGUGGGGGAUAUUUUCCCAUUUUCUGUGUUAAUUCAUUUUCCUUUUGCCAUAUGAAUUUACAUGUAAUGUAGUCGAGCAUACUGUGAAUAGAUUUGUCUAUAAUGAGCAAACCACGUAGAACUACUUUUUUUUAAAUGUAGCUGGUACUUUAAUAGAUCAUUUCCUUUGCAAAUCAUUAUAAAUAAUUUAUAUCUUCCUAGGUGAGUUACUCAUUACAAAGUUUGACUCAUGCAAAUGACCUCAAAUACAUGUCUGCUUACUUUGCUGUGGCAACAUCCAUGUGAACUGCUUUGUACACUGUGAAACAAUUUCACUCCAGCCCGCUCAUUUCACGUUUACUCUGGGCUGGAAAAGACUUUGCCAAAACAUUAAAGACCACUCUUUUCACCAAGUUAACAUGCUCUAUCUGCUUUUAGAAGAUGAAUCUUGACAUUUCAGCUGGUUUUGUUUAUCAGGUGUUUUUUUCCCCCCUCUUGAGAGUCAGAGUUCAUGAAGUUAAUUUUUCUUUAAAGUAAUAUAUCAUAUAAUGACUGCCUUGGCAAAACAACCGAAAUGUGAAUGUCGUGCCUAGUUGAGUGCGAGUCAUGUUCUGUCCUGAUUGUUGUUUUACUUCUUUUCAAGCAUUACUGGUGUUUAAAAUGCCACUUUUCAGUUUGAACCAUAUAUAUUUGUAGCUCAGUACUGCAAACAGCAGUAAGACUGUUUCAAAAGAAUGAGUGUUAUAAUUGCAUAGCAUUUGUAUGCACUUUAUAUUUUGCAGAAGUUAGUGAAAUUAAUUUAUUAAUCAUUUUGCACAUGAAAGCUGUGGGGCAUACCUUUUUGUUGUUGACAUCUUUUUUUUAGGUGGGAAAGCUAAGAUAUGGUAAGGCCGUAUAAUAUGACCAUUCUACAGAGAGAAACUGGAAUGUUCAACCUAGUCUUAUAUUUCCUCCCACUUAAUCCUCUCUCCUGAAAGGUUGUUUUUUUUUUCCUUUUUUUAGAAUAUGCAUUAAUUUGUCUUGAAAUGAUCAUAAAGGAAAGCCCUAUCCUUUGACAGAACCUGGUAAUUUGCUUGGUGAGAUGGAGAGAAAAUUAUCUGAGGAUAAGUUCCCCUUAAAGACUGAAACAGAAUGGAGUUGGACAUAAGCCCUUAGCUAUACCUGUUUACACUGUAGGCGCCUUCCUAAUAGGGUUACAUUUCCCUUCUUAUUUAUUCCUCUUGGCCUGGAGGUAGAAUGAGAUCACUGUUAGAAUGAGCAUCCUUUGACUGUUUGUGGCCACAGGAUACCAACAUCAGAGAAAGUACGAAUCAAGUCACCUCUUUAGUUGGGGCAAGCUGAAAGUUGGUGUGACGAAAACUCAAUGUAGUUCUUAGUUUUGUAUGCUGAGGUAUCUGAGCAAGACCUAUGGCAUUUUCUUUUCUUCAUUUAUUAAGGCUCCUAUAAUUCUUCUUAAAUAAUAGGCAACUAUUUGAAUAGAUGCUGGAGAAAUUACACGGGGAAAUCCUAGCCUCUAGAGUUAGAAAAGAUGAAUCAUAAUGCCCCUUAAAUUAAUGCAGGUUAAUUUAAGCAUGUAAUAUAAAUAAAUUCAGUGAAAUACAGAAAGCAAUAUUUUGUAUAGCGUUGAUCAAAUUUUAAGUACAGUGAAACUCCAUUAUAGGUAUCCAAUCUAGAUUUUCGCAAACAUUUCCCUGUCACAUGAAAGACUAUCACUUAAUGGAAUAAAUGCUCAUAGAGCAAUGAGUCCUCCUAAGACAUUUUCCUUAUAAAAAGUUCCAUCCAGGGGUGCCCGAGCUAGAUUUUGAAGUUAUAAAGAAGUUUCAUUGUAUUUUAAAAGCUUUUUAAUGGCUUUAUUUGGGAUAGACAUAAUCAACUCCCUAUUCACGUUUUAUGAUGUGCAGGUGUGAAGCUGCUUUUUACAAGUGGAAAAGUCAGCCUGCAUUUAUUUUUAAAUGCAGUUAUUAAAACAUUUUUUGUAUUCUCCAUCAAUGAAAAUUUUCAGUGUGCACAAAA